GUCGUCCUGUUGCACGUUAUGGAUUGCCCUGUUUCGUUCUUCAUGCGGUUGUCUCGGUGGAGCAUUCUGCCGUAAAGAAACGAAUUUAGGAAUUUUUGGCAUGAGCAAUAUGGUGCGGAGUUCCUCAGAUUGAAUCUGUUAGGGAUAGUGAUUUGAGCUGCGGAAACACCGGAUGAAAGUGGGAGCAAGAUCAUUGGAAUUGAGUAGUGGAUAGGAGCAGGUUUUAUCGGGUGUCACCAUUUUUGGGUUCAAAUUUGUCUAUGACAAUUGGCCCAAGGUGACCACACAUUCAUGGCCCGCGUAUGUAUUAUGCAAAUCGUACCCUCGUCUGUUCCUUUGGGUACAGAAAAUGCGGCAGUUAGUGGAGGGAUGGGUUGCGUGUCUCGGGUGCUGCUUUCACCGUACGCAGGAUUUCAGAUUCCCGCUAUACGUAGGAACACGGCCUUUUUGCCGAAGACGGGAGUCAGUCUACGAACCUCUUUGUCUUUGCAGGGACGUACCUCGGAGAAAUGUAGGCAUCCUAUGAUUACUGCAUUGAGCGACGAUUCAGCUGGAAAAAACGGCAGUGCGAACUGUGGAAAUGGGAAAGCUGCAUUUGAAACUCUAGAUGUCAUUCAUGAGGAGGAUGCUAGGCCUGCAGUUGAUGACCGAACUUCCGUCGACUCUUCUGCCGGACAACCUUCCAUGAGUUUCGCUGGGGAUCAACGUGACGUCAGAGGUGUAUUCCCCAGCAUUGUUCCCAGCGUUUCCAACAACACACAGAAUCUGACCGGAAACGAAAACUCAUCGAAAGGGCCAACUUCAGGAAGCGUUACAUUAUUUUCUGGGCAUGACAAAUCAGUUUUCCUCAAUUCCAGUGACUAUGAUCCUACAAAGACGCGAAGGGCCUCCCCAGUUGAAAACGGUGGCAGUGUGGAUGGGGACGAACGAAAUGAGAGGUACUUCAAGGAAUCCGAGAAGCCAUCGUUUGUGUCCCUUGUCUGGGAGGCUGGCGCGAAGAUCGAAGGAGUCACAACUGAUGUAAGGCAAGAAGAAAAUGAGCCUAACGAGCAAAGUCUAAGUUUGAUAAUUGACGAGGAUUAUCGUGCCAGAAAGGAUGAAACGAUAUUUCAUUGUUUCUGGAUCUGGUCUAGAGACUCCGCAUCCAAUAUUUGGGCUUGGGCCCAAACUGUUAUCAGGUCCACCGUCUUUAUUCUCGGGCGCCAUAACCAACGGUGGAAAGCCUUCUGGAAGCAAGCUUUGUUGGGGGCCCAAGUCCCUCGGCGUUUUUCUGAAGCGAAAGAAGUGUGGUCCAGUAUAGGCGAUGCGACUCAGAGGACUCUUUGGCUUCCCAGAGAAGAUGAUGCCUUCGACAUCUUUUUUCGGAACAUGAUCGAGAUUCAAAAAAACAUUCUGCAGAUGACGGCAGUACAAGGGAAACUCGCCUGGAUUAGACUCCAGCAACAAUAUUAUAGGAAACUUAUGGCAUUGGAAGAAAUUCUGGCCACAUUUCCAAACUCCGAAGACGAGUUGAACUCACGAGAGGUCGAGCUGCUUGCUUACACCGAGAAGCUCCUGACUCAAGCUAAGAUGAACCAAGAAGCAUAUGCCAGCAGUCAAGAGGCCCUGAGUACUGCAGAAGAGAUGGUUUUCCACCUCCAGACUCAGGUAGAUGAGCUGAAGGAGGAUGUGGUUUCGAGAGAUAACCUCUUAAGAUUACUACAAAAGGAAGGAACUCUGUCUUCUCAAUCUCUCCAGAGAGCCGCCCAGUCGCUGCAAGACGCUGAAAAAAAAAUGGUAGAGCUGGAGAGACGAGUACAUGUAGGUGAGGACCUACUAUAUAAAGAGAGGGACAAGCUCACAGCAGCUCUAAGAACAGCUGGGUUACAUGAGCAUGCACUCAAGAUCGCAGAACUCAAGGUGGCAGAACUCACUGCCGAAGUUACAUCUCUGAAGGAGUCUUUAGGUACGGGAAAAGGUGUCGAGCAACUCACCGCACAGGUAAAGACAUUAGAGCAAGAGCUGAGGUCAAGAGACCGUCUACUGCUGGAAAUCAAGGAGGAGACCUUACGCAGCACGGAGGCAUUAAAACUAGCAGCUCAGAUCAAACAGGAUCUUAACGCAACGAGACAAAGGGAAAUCCAUCUUACACAAACUUUAGAAGCUGCGAAUGAGAAGAUCAAGGAACUUGAAGGACAACUGGCUCAUAAUGUUCGUGCUACAAGGGCGGAGGGGAUCUUGAAACAAAGUCAGAAGAUGUUGAGCGAGGUCAAGUCUGAAGUGGAGCUUCUCCGACAAGGAGUUGAAGCAAGAGACAGGGCCAUCAACAUCAUGAAGGAUGAAGUGGACACGAACAUAGAUCUUCUUCGAUCCGCAGCACGCAAUCGAGAGGAAUUGCGCAACAUGAACCGACAUGUUGGGGAGCUGCGAAUGGAGUUGGAGUCUAGAGAUGCGAAGUUAUCUAUGAUGCGGGAGGAGAUGGCUCUGAUCAUCGACCUGGCCAAGAAGCAACAGAGUCCAAGAAAAUCUAGAUCUAAAACCAUUGCACAAUCACCUGCAACCUCUACUUCCUCAUCGUCUCCGGUGGACGUUGAGGAGUUGAAACCGAAGAGAAAGACCCCAGUACGAAAGUCUAGAGAGUCUGGAACGUCCUCGUCUCCGGCUCGAAAGCCUAACGGAACACGACGGACCACUCGAUCUCCUCCUCAACUCCCGUGAUGUAAUUCCUUGGUACAAUGUAGCUCUACAUUCUAGUGAUCUGCAUCGAUAUUUUUUGUCAAAGCACUUCGAGGUCCUCACUUUGGCGUAAGAACACUGGUUUCCAAAUGCGCCCAUCGUUUUGAUGAAUGAUGAGGAUUGGUGAAAGUCUGAACCGGAGGAUUUGGAACAGUUGAAUCGGAGCAUUCAUUUGACAGAAAUUUCCAACAUCACCUCAUGUGGGUAUUUUGGUCUGAAGCCGGUUGAGCAUUGCGAUCUGUCUGGAAGCCUGAGCUCUCCGCGGAUCGUUCCAUGAUCGUUUUCGCGAUCCAUCCGUCCAUAGAUUCGACUCUCGUGUCACGCGAUAGAGGGUCAGCUUUUGAAGCUAAAAAUUUUGACCAUAUGAGUAUGUAGUUCAAUUUCCAUGGGUCACAUUCUGUGCCCGAGGAACCACCAGAGUAGGGGCUUAGAUUCCCAUGUUAACCGGUACAUUGACAUUUAAUUUAACAGUACACAUGAAAACGUAUGUACGAGGUACAUAAAUAAACUUCUUUGGUCCUGAAGUUAUGUUUCACAAAGUGUUUGCCGAAUCGUGAGCGAGUCGCUGUGACGGAUGCGGCGAGCGAGGAAACGUCCACCAAAUCAGGAGAUCGAGCUUGUGAAAUGUUCACGUCAGUCUGCGGUCUUUCCCGUAAAUGUCCUAGUGGUAUGCAUGGACUCUCUCAGAUGAAGGACAUUAUCUUGCAAGCAUGUCAUCACUCCAUAAACAUUUCGCCUUCCGGAAUCUCAUCACGUUACCGCGGUCAGAUUUGUGUGAG